AUGAUAGUGUACCUCUGAUUUUUUAUUGAAGAAAUUAACCUAUCAGAGCAGUAAAAUAAUACACAAAUUUAGAUAAGCAAAUAUUUUUGUUUGUUAAAAAUGGGAGAUCCAGACCUGGAAGAGUUGAGGCGACAACGUUUAGCCCAACUACAGUCUCAAUAUGGGGGAGACUCAAAAAACGAAGAUUCUCAAAAACUAAAAGAAGAACAAGCUAGAGCGCAAGAGGAUGCUAAAAAUUCAAUUUUAACUCAAAUAUUAGAUCAGUCCGCACGAGCACGCUUGAAUACAUUAAUGCUUGGUAAACCAGAAAAAGGCAAAUUGGUAGAAAAUAUGUUAAUUAGGAUGGCCCAAACAGGACAAAUAUGUACCAAGAUUGGAGAAACUGAACUUAUUAAUUUACUUGAAAAUGUAAGUGCCCAAACCCAGAAGAAAUCUUCUGUGAAAUUUGAUAGGAGGCGUGCUGCUUUAGAUUCUGACGAUGAAGAUUUCUAGCCUUACAUUUAAGUCGGUGUUGUUACUCAAAAAUUUAUUUCUCACAUUACAUUUAUAAUUUUAAUAUAUACAUCAACAACAAAAA